GUCUCUCCGAUAAUUCCUUCUCUCUUUCUGCUCCUUCCAUCUCAAUUCUCUUGUUCCCAAUUUCUCUCCUCAAUCCUUUCAACAGAUUUUUUGAUCGGAUUAUUUAAUCAAAUUGUCCAGAUCUGCUGUUUAAAGAAUUGAAUAAGAGAAACUCACAGAUCUAAGAAUCGUACGGAGGAGAAAUAUGGCGGAGGAGCACAGAUGCCAAGCACCGGAAGGCCACCGUCUCUGCGCAAACAAUUGCGGUUUCUUUGGUAGUCCGGCGACGAUGAAUCUCUGCUCCAAAUGUUACAGAGAUUUCUGUCUCAAAGAACAACAGCAAGCGUCCAUCAAAUCCUCUCUCUCCUCUCCUUUGUCGUCAUCAGCAGCAGCGAUCGAAUCCGUAUCUCCUCCGCCUGCGUUGACUCUACCGGUGGUCAAGGUUGAUGCACCGGUCCCUGUCGAGGAAAACGCGGCGGCGGUUGCGGACCAACCGCGGCAGCAGUCGAACCGGUGUAUGUUUUGCAGGAAGCGGGUCGGGUUGACCGGGUUUAAGUGCAGGUGUGGAACCACUUUCUGCGGGAUGCACAGGUACCCGGAGCAGCACGGGUGCACCUUCGACUUCAAAAAGGUCGGGAGAGAGGAGAUCGCCAGGGCCAAUCCGUUGGUCAAAGCCGAGAAACUGGAGAAGAUUUGAUGUGGAGCGUCGGAUCUGUCUACUUCCGGUUGAAGAGAAAAUGUCAAAAUAUCGAAAAAAAAUUAUUAAAAAAAAUGUAAGAAACGACGACGUUAUUUCGGUGGAGACCAUCGUUCGAUCAGAACCGUUCUCUUGCAAAGUGGGGCGUAAUCUGCUGAAUCAUGGGGCUUGACAAAAAAUAAUUUCAAUGUCUCUUUAUCUUUAAAAAUAAGUUUUUUUUUUGUUUUUUUUUUUAAUUUUAAAAUUAUGUGGGGGUUUGGUAUGUGUAAAAAAUUAGAAAGGGCCUCUCAUUUUAUCUAUUGGGUGAAAAAAUGGAGUGCAAUUCCGUGUACAUUCUUGCUGGUUGGUCUUUCUUUUUUAUUUGUUAG